GCGCGGCGCACGCGGCUUGACGCGGCUAGACGCGCGCGCGCGCCGCAGCCGAUAGACGCUCGCAAGCGCGGGUGGGCGCGCGCACAGCCUGACGACCAAACCCGCGCGCGCGUGCGUGCGUGCGCGUGCACCGGGGUCUCGUGCAACGCCUCCGCGAACUCCCUCGCGCCACAGAGACUCGCGAGCUCCGCGUCCUCUCCCCACAAAAUAACAAACACCAGCCCCGCCCCUCACCCCCCCUUCCCGCCCCUUCACUGGCGCGUGAGGGCGACACGCAGCGCGCGCCAUGCGUCCGAGGCCCGCAUGAUGCUCCAGCUCUUCCUCAUCGUGCUGCUUUUCGAAGAGACGAGCAUUGCAGAAGAAUGCGUGCCCCCGUGGGCGGAACUCGCUGAGCGCCUGGCGGUGACGUCGCUGCAGCAGCGAGGAGGCUCCACGUCGUGCGUGGUGCACAUCCGCGCGCCCGCCGGCCACUUGGUGGCCCUCAACGUCACACGGCUCGCGGCUCACGGGCGCGCGGCGCCAGCGGCGGCCCCGCUGGCCCCGCAGCAGCACGCUCCCCCGCCGCCGGGCCUGCACGUCCACGCGUCGCCCGCUCCCUCCGGCCCGCCCGCGCCGUACCUACCUCCCGGCGUGGCGAGCGAUGUGAACACGACGCCGCGAGCCGCCUGCGGCCUGCCCUGGCUGGAGGUGCGCGAUGGCUUCCCAGACGGCGAGGGCCCCCCGUCCGCGCCGCUGCGCCUCCUGCGCAUCUGCAGCGAGCGGCCGGCCUCCGCGGGCGCGCCGGCCGCGCCGCCGGCGGCGGCGCCCUUCCGGAGCGUCCUGUCCAGCCGCGGCGAGCUGACGCUCGAGUUCCAGUGGGCGGGGGCCGGCGCCGCCGAGGGCAGCGUGGCGGCCGCGGAGUUUCAGGCGACGGUGACCUUCACCGAGUGCAAGUUCCGCUGCCGGGACGGGCAGUGCGUCUCCUCCUCGCUGAUGAGGUGUGACGGGGCGAGCCAGUGUGCUGACGCCAGCGACGAGGAGGGCUGCAGCCCCGGCACUGACCAACCGUCGCACCGCAGCCUGCAGGCUGGCGUCGAGUUUGUGCAGAUCCUCGUGAUCGUGUCGGUCGCCGUGGUGAUGGUGCUGGUCAUCACCUGCAUCCUCAAUCACUACAAGAUCUCCUCGUCCUCCUUCAUGGGACGACACAUGCACAGGAGGCGCAGGGACCACCCCUGCACGGGACGGAGUCUGUGUCCCUCAGAAAGCCCCGUGCCCAGACAACAAAGCACUUCACAGCUGAUGUACUCGUCCCAAUCGAGGGACAGCAUCGCAGCCUGCAGGCCGUCGCAGCACCAGCAGCAUCACCAGCUGCAGCAGCAGCACCAGCAGCACCACCAGCUGCACCACCACCACCAGCACCACCACCACCAGCCGCAGCACUCGGCGAUGGCGGGGAGCGGCGGCGGAGCGGCUCCGCGCGACCCCUUCCGCCGGCCGCCCCACCAGCCGCUCUACCCGUACAGCCAGGUGGAGAUCGACCUGCCGCCCAGCAUCUCGUUGUCGGACGGCGAGGAGCCCCCCCCCUACCAGGGCCCGUGCACCCUGCAGCUGCGGCCGCCCGAGCAGCAGCAGGAGAUCAACCGCGAGUCGGUGCGGGCGCCGCCCAACCGCACCGUCUACGACAGCGACUACUACGUGGCGCCGCCGCCCUGCGCCGCGCUCGGCGGCGGCGGCGGCGGCGGCGGCGGCGGCGCCGGGCCGUGCCCGCCCAGCAGCCACUCGGGGGUGUCGGCCGCCAGCUACGGGGGCCACGGCGGCCGCAUGGAGGGGCCGCCGCCCACGUACAGCGAGGUGGUGGGCGCCGCGUUCCCGGCCGCGGGGCCCGGGAACGCGGCGCUGUUUGCGCCGCACGGGGACGUUGGCGUCGCGGGGCUGCUCACGGACAGGAAGCCCGGCAAGGGCGUCUGACGGCGGGCGAGGGGUUCACCCGUGGCCCCUUCAAACAAAACGAGAGAAAUCAAUGCCCACCGCCUCCCCCAGCACUUACGGAAAACAUAAAAAGAAAAAAUAUAUAUAUGAUAAUGCGGCUUUCGUUAUUUUCUUUCGUUGCGUGUG